UAAGGUAACUUCACCCCCAUGCUGCCCGGAAACCCUGACUUUUGUUUUUUAGUCUGCAGCGCUGACAUGUUAGCAUGAUGCUGCAGGCAGAGUUAACGUAGCCUCUCAUGCUAACGCAUUAGCCUUCGUGUGUUUAGCCCGCAUUUCGUCAGCAAACAUGAACGGAUCUGUUGGGUAUUGGAUCGGAACCAACUGACUUUGAGUUCUGAUACUUGUGAUGAUCCAGAUCCUGAAGGACAUGGGGAUCACGGAGUAUGAGCCACGGGUCAUCAACCAGAUGCUGGAGUUCACCUACAGAUAUGUGACGACCAUCAUAGAAGACGCUAAGAUCUAUGCCACUCACGCCAAGAAGUCCACGGUGGACGCCGAUGACAUCAAAUUGGCCAUCCAGUGCAGAAUGGACCAGUCGUUCACCUCGCCUCCGCCGCGAGACUUCCUCCUGGAGGUCGCUCGGCAGAAGAACCAGACCCCCCUCCCUCUCAUCAAACCGUACUGCGGCCCGCGGCUCCCCCCCGACCGUUACUGUCUCACGGCGCCCAACUACAGGCUGAAGUCCAUCCAGAAGAAGGUAUCGUCAGCUGGCAGGAUAUCCGUGCCUCGCCUCAGCGUCGGCGCCGUCUCCAGCAGGCCCUCCACCCCCACCAUCGGAACGCCAUCUGCCGCCAAAGCUGGAACUCCAGUUUCUCUAACGGGUCAGAGGUUCACCGUUCAGAUCCCCCCCUCCUCCCAGACCAACGUCAGCAAAACCACGACGCCGUUCACGCCCACCGUCUCCAACGUGCUCAUCAACCCGUCUCUGAUUGGCUCCAAGAACAUCCUCAUCACAACCAAUAUGGUGUCGCAGAGCGCCGCCGCAGACUCUCUGAAGAGAAAGCACGAGGAUGACGACGACUAUGACGCUUUAUGACGGCCCAGCUGCCGUCUGCAGCAGCGAGAACCGACCCGCUCCAGGCCGGCUAGAACCCCUUGUUGGUAGUCUGUAGAAUCCUGCUCCUGUCCUUCCCUCAAGCGCGCCGAACGCGAGCAGCUAUGUGGUCUGAGCUUCCUGUUGGGAGUCUGUCCUCCUUGAAGAUCAGGUCUGGUUCAGUUGGAACAGAAUCUUCCAUCCCUGGCUGAGUCUGGAGCAGCUGCCGAAAACCUGCAGCAGCUUCACAGCUGAGUCAAUAAUCCCGAAAACGUUGUCCUCUCUGUGUCACAAUCCAGUUCUGUCAACAUCAACAACAACCCCCCCCCCCCAUGGUUCUUUUUAAUGUUUCCAGCCUGGAUGCUUAGAGUUCUGCUGCAGCCAUGAGCAAAACGGCAGAUGUUUGAUCUUCUUCAAAUCUUUGAAGCCCCACCCCUUUUGUGGAACCUGAACACGCCCAAAAGUGCAGGAUAAUGUGGAAACUGAUCCUGCUUGAAAUGUAGUCAUCUAAUAUGGAAAAACAAAGUAAGAUUCUUAACCCUCUGAUGGCCAGUAUGUUUAUAUUAAACCUCUGUUUUAUUGAAUAAAAAACAUGAAUACUUGUCAUGAAA